AUGGGAAAAGGCAGUGGCUUCGUUCAUCUUAACACACCUGCUGCUAUCUCGUAUUCACCUGGUCAACAAGUGACUCUCUCAGACUUGCGUCAAGCGCGAAGUCGUGAGGAGUGUGUUGUUUUACCGCGAACAGUUGCAAUUUGGCGGACCGCAUUCCGCGCAUACGUGCGGGCGAAGGGAUUAUCGCAGUUUGUGGGAGAUGUGGAGGCGGAGCGGGAUGGUGAGGGUCCAAUCCUUCCACCAUUGAGAGAGGCCACAAGUACAGCACAGAAACGUCAGCUCCCUCAGUCAGUUUCUAAUCGUAGUACAUUGGAUUCUACUAAUACUAAUACUACAACUAAUACUAAUACUAAUGCAGAAACUGCGGCUAUUACUUCGGGUUCGACUUCUCAGAGAAUAGAAAAGUCAAGUUCCUCUUCAGAGGCGCCGGGUAUCAAGAUUGUUUCACACCACAAACUCAGCGGGGAGCGAGUAUUCGUUUAUCCUGACCACGAUGGUGUUCUCUCUGCUGGUGUUGUACCACAAGUUGUCAUCUCCGCUGAGGAAAAAGCAGAGCGUGAGGCUGAUCAAAAGUAUUACAUUUCACCACAGGAGAUGUCGGAAGAGGAUCGAGCAGCACUGGAGGAACUGCAGGAACUAUGGAAGAGUCGAGCUCGAAGCCGGAGUAUACAGGGGGCGAGUCAUCGCGCCGCUGCAGGGAAUCUUCUGCCGGAUGGUGAUGCUAUCAAUGUAGAGGAUGAGAAGAGCGGGGAAGCACAUGUGAAGCGAAAUCGAUUGGAGUCUCACACAGAGAAUGUCUCAAGUAGAUCGACAAUACACACAGACGAUGCCCUAGAUGAUGCACUCCGCUUAGCUGGGGAGUUUUUGGACCACUUGUGA